AUGCUUACUAGCAUAUUUCUGGCGACGAGUGUCGCUAUCCUCUCCUUUUUAACGCCCCUCCAAGUUUACGCAGCAACCCUUCCCGACCUUUAUGAGGCCACAAUCGCCGACUUGCAAGCCGGACUCGAUGCAAAGGCCUUCACGAGCGUAGACCUGGUCACUGCCUACAUUGCGCGAAUAAAAGAGGUCAACAGCGAACUUCAUGCUGUCAUCGAGAUCAGUCCCACUGCACUGGCGCUCGCAGCGGCGCUCGACUCCCAGCGGAGCCAGGGAAAGAAGAUUGGCCCAUUUCACGGAAUUCCAAUCCUUGUCAAGGACAACAUUGCGACACGGUUCGAGGAUGGAAUGAAUACCACCGCGGGAUCAUAUGCCCUCCUCAACAGCGUUGUCCCAGGCGACUCGACUGUCGUUGCGAAGUUGCGCGCUGCUGGCGCCAUUAUUUUGGGCAAGACCAACAUGUCAGAGUGGGCUGCUUUCGGACCGAUGGCGCCGGCGGGCUGGUCGGGGCGCGGGGGGCUGACGACCAAUGCGUAUUAUCCGAAGGGAAAUGCAUGUGGUAGUAGCAGCGGGUCUGGUGUUGCUGCGUCGAUUGGACUGGCUGCUGCUACUCUUGGGACCGAAACUGCGGGGAGCAUCACGUGUCCCGCGAGCGCGAAUAAUGUGGUUGGAGUCAAGGCCACCGUUGGGUUGACAUCGCGGUCAGGCGUGGUCCCGAUUUCGCAGCAUCAGGAUACAGUCGGACCCCUUGCUCGCACCGUCACCGAUGCUGCGCUUAUCCUCAACGCCAUUGCUGGAAAAGACUCGGCCGACAACUACACGUCCGCUCAGCCUUCCGCAGUGCCUGACUAUACAAAAGCUUUGACCAAAGAUGCUCUGAAAGGCGCGCGGAUUGGUGUACCUCGUGCAGUAUUUCUCGAUCCAAAAACCGCACCACUUGUCGGACCCGACGAAUUCAAGGCUGCACUGGAAACUAUGAAAGGCCUUGGCGCGGUCAUCACAGACCCUGCCAACGUUGCUUCUGCUGAAGACAGUCUUUUCCGCUCUGGAGCUGAUAUAGUUCUCCACACAGAUCUCCGGUUCGAUAUACAAGCCUACCUCGCCACUCUCAAAGAGAUACCAACCAAUGUACAUAACAUCCAGGACAUCAUGGCCUUCAACGACGCCCACAAGGAUCUGGAAGAGCCGCGACUCGAUGCCUACGUCGAAUGGAACCUUCAUUUCGAGAUUGGCAAAAACCUGGAACGGGACAGCAACUACACCGCUGCCCUUGCAACCGAUUUAUCAAUUGGCGUGACCAAAGGCAUAGACGCCACGCUCAAAGAGCACAGCCUGGACGCCCUCGUUUUGCCGCUCUCCUCGACGAUGUACGUGUUGGCGGGUAUGGCUGGCUCCCCGAUCGUCACCGUCCCCCUCGGUUUCCAGGCCAACACCACCAAACCAGCGGAUGCAGGCGGCAAGGAUGAGCCGCUGGAGACAGCGCCCAACAUGCCAUUUGGCCUGAUGUUUGUGGGCGCUGCCUGGAGCGAGAGCAAGCUGCUUGCGUAUGCAUAUGCUUACGAGCAGGCAACAAAUACGCGGUUGAAGCAGCGCGCGUAUGACAAGGCCACGCCAAAGACGCAACUGGUCGAUGUGGUGGGGAAAAGUGUGGCUGGAUCGCAGUCUGGCUCUGCCGGAAAUCCUGGACCGACGCACAGUUGGGGACAGAGGCGGGCUAGACUGGACUGGGUUUUGUUUGCUGGGUUUACUAGUACUUUGAUUUUCUCAUUAACUUGA